ACUAAUCUGCUUUAUAGUGUUCCUAGAUCACAGCUCUGCUUAUCACUCACUUAGGAUGUCCUGUUAGAUAUCUGCCAGCAUAUUCAUAGGAAAUGGGAGGGCAGAAAGAGCCAGCUUCUGGAUCGCCGAGACAGUUCUCAUCAGCAGAGCUGCUGGGAGAACCUCCGGUCUGCAGGCUUCACGGGAAAGGAGAAAGCAGCGCCACUUUUGGAGCAGCAGGCCUCGUUUUGCUCAGAUCUGCCACCACACUGAGAACAUGAGCAUCCACGAGUCCAACCACUCUCUGGAGCACUUCAACAGCACGCCGUGGUUUGUCUACGAAUGCACCGUGGUGCUCAACACCAACCACAAGCGCAUUGCCCUCUUCCUCCUUUACCUCUUCAUCUUCAUCGUGGGCCUGCUGGAGAACCUGCUGGUGGUCUGGGUGAACUGGCGCCGGCGCCACUUGGCGAACGGCGUCCUCUUCUGCAUCAUCAACGUGAGCCUGUCUGACCUGAUGGUGAUUGUGAUCCUGCCGUUCUUCAUGCUGGAGGUGACCAUGGACCGGGUGUGGCUGUGGGGCCGCUUCCUCUGCAAGGUCACCAACCUCAUCUACGUGGUGAACUUCUACAGCAGCUCCUUCUUCCUGGCCUUCAUGACCCUAGAGCGCUACCUGUCCCUGGCCAGGCCGUCGUCGCCGUCCGCCUUCCCCGUGAUGGGCCGGCAGCGCUGGCUGCUGUGUGGAGGCCUGUGGCUCUUCUCCUUGUUUCUGGCGCUGGUGGAGAACGUCCACGUGGAUCUGCUGGAGUGGGAGGAGCCCGGCUGCUACAUGAUCCCGGAGUUCAGCCACACCGAGUGGUACGUCUCCGUGACCUUUCUCUGCCUGCUCUUCCAGUUCCUCGGCCCCGGCGCCGUCAUCGUCACCUGCAACGUGCUGAUCGCCCGGGCGGUGCGGACGGCGCCCGACGUGCAGGGUCGCCGGGACGUGUGGCUGGUGCACGUGUACUCCCUGGUGUUCGUGGUGUGCUGGCUGCCCUUCCACCUGGUCAUGAUCAUGAUGAUCAUAGACGACCUGAACCCCUUCAUGUUCAGCUGCAACACGGUGGAGGUGCUGUACUUCUCCUUCAGCGCCGUGCAGUGCCUCUCGCUCUUCCACUGCGUGGCCAACCCCCUGCUCUACAACUUCCUCAGCAAAAGCUUCCGGAACAACCUGAUCAACACGGUGAUUGACUACAUACCCCGACAAGCCGCCGCAAACCAGGUGGAGGCGAAGCCAAACACUCCUAACGGGGGCGAGGGGGACCCGGGGAAGCAGCGCAAGUUCAGCGACGCCAGCACCAGUCAGUCUGACGUCGAGUCAUAAAAGCAGCUCCUUCUGAGCAGAACUGACAUGAAAUCAUUUACUCCCAGCAUGUAUGUGAUCAGUUUUAAACACAGCAAGGCAGGAAAUGCUUGCUGCUCUGCCAAGCUGCUCAACUCCCACAGGAGCGAGAGGCAAUGACUAUAAUCUCCGAAGGGGAAGAAAUCUGCCACAACAGGAAUGUGUAAACAACUCAGACGUACCGAGUGGAAAUAAAUCACCGCUAAGUCCUUAUUUAUCUCUUUCUGGAUGCUGAUGUGGUCAUAAUCUGAUAACAUGCAAUAAAACAUCCUCACACAACG